AUGAAUUUCUAUCCCGUUCCACCGGUCAUUCAGGCCGAGAUAUUCGUGCGGAUCCCUGAUGCGUUGAGAUGCACAGGACAACCCUCCGAUUGGAGAAGUGGAUCGAGUAGUCCGCCAUCGGAAAUCUUCCUUGAGGGACCUACCUACCUUGGAAAUGGGGACCUCUACGUGACUGAUAUUCCUUACGGUCGGAUAUUGAAGAUCGAUAGCCAGAAACAGGUGACCGAGUGUGUUAGGUAUGAUGGGGAACCGAAUGGCCUUGUCGGGCGUGAGGAUGGAUGUAUGAUUGUGGCCGACUACAAGCAAGGUCUUUUAUUGUUCGACCCGGUCGCAAAGACCAUUUCUCCCUUUUUGACACGCCGGAAUCUGGAGCGUUUCAAAGGCCCCAACGACCUGAUCGUGUCUUCCAAACAUGAAAUCUAUUUCACCGAUCAAGGCCAAACGGGCAUGACUGAUCAAACUGGUCGCGUGUAUCGACUUAGUCCCGAUGGAAAGCUCGACUGCCUGGUUGAUAAUGGCGUAUCUCCUAAUGGAAUCGUCUUGUCUCCGGAUGAGCGAUUCUUGUACGUGGCCAUGACUCGCUCCAACGCUGUCUGUCGCCUACCUCUCCACGCUGAUGGCUCUACCUCGAAAGCGGGAUUGUUCUUCCAGUCUUUUGGGUGUGCUGGGCCUGAUGGAUUGGCUAUUGACGAAGAGGGAAAUUUGUUCAUAUGUCAUCCCAGCCUUGGAUCAGUCUUUGUGGUUGAUGCGGACGGAGUCCCUAAAGCUCGGAUUGUUACUGCUCCCGAAGGAGGAAAGAAUUUGACGAAUUGCACUUUUGGGGGAGACGACGGGAUGACCAUCUUCAUCACAGAUAGUAUGAAGGGAAAUAUUCAGUGCGUCAGAUGGCACUGUAAAGGUGCGGUGAGACCGCAUUGA